ACCCUCACCUACUUGUUUCCUUACGUUUCCUAAGACAGUGGUGCUUAGGAAAGGCUCAUAGUAGAUGUUUGAAGAUGAUCAACAUGUUGCUGAAGGCUGCUUUGACUCUUGUGAUCCUGACUCGUAUGGUGGACCUGUACCCGCUUGAAGUGAGCAGAGGCCCAGCUUCCUGUCCUGUUCUACCUCUGGGCUUGAAUUUACCAGAGUCUCAGAGAAUCCUGCCAUCAGAUGUUAAUGAGGAUCUCUUCAGACCUGAAAGGAAUCAAAGACCAGUACCUGAUCUAUUGAAAUCUAUUCUACUGUCACCAACAUCCCCUCCUACAGUCCCUUCUGAAACUUCUGCCUCAAGACGUGUGGAUAUGUUGUGCCACCUUGACCGUGUUUACGUGAGGGUUUUGAAGAGUCUGUUCAACAACCCAAAUGCUUGGCAGUAUCUAAAACUGGGAACAUGUCCUGUGAAUCAAGCCAGAGAUGAACAUUACUACUUUCUGUAUUACCUCAAUAGCUGCAAUGUAACACGACAGGAAAAUGAAAACGAAGUGAUCUACUCAAACACGCUCAGCUAUGAGCCAGCGUCUACUGAGCUAGUGGUUCGUGAGCUGCCGUUUUCUCUGUCACUGGAGUGUCAUUACAACAAGUACUACCGAUCAUAUCAAUUCGGCUACAUGCCUCAAAUGGUACCGCGAACCGUCUUUUGGAGGCUAGACACUGGGUUCUCCAUCACACCUGUAGAUGAACUUUGGAAGCCUCUUGCCUCUGGAAGUAGCUAUGUUAUUGGUCAGCCUGUAUACUUUGAGGCCAAAGCUCCUUGGAGUCCAGAAGGACAGAGGCCGUAUCUGAACAACUGCUAUAUCUCUUCAGCCAUUGGUUCCACUCCCAAACAUACUGUGCUGAACAACUACGGAUGUAUGAUUGAAAGUAAGAAGAGUGCUCAGACAAAGUUCUAUGCCUCUGAUGAGAAGAAUACUUUAAGGUUCUCUGUGGGAGCCUUUGUGUUCAAGGACAUGAUAUCCGAGCCAGCAGAAAAUAAGGUUAUGGCUAUUCAUUGUGAGAUGGCCUUGGGACCAGAAAAACCCACACCAAGCUUAAAAUCAUGUUGGUACAAUAUGGAUACUAAACGAUGGUCUGAGCUGUAUGGAGAGGACUCUGUUUGUGCAUGCUGCGACACUUCCUGCCCUGCUCCAGACCCCUCAGUGCCCAUUACCCCCGUUACCAGCAGUACUUGGGAGCUGGACUGCCUUGAUCGGCAAUCCUUGGGAGAUGGACUGUCCUAAUCAACUUAUUGUUCCAGAGGAGAAUAUGGAUGUUUAAGCUGUAUGGUCUGAGAAAAUUAGUAAAUUGCAGUCAUUGCUGCAAGUUGAGUUUUUACUGUACAUUGACUAAUACAGGAAAAAUGGUCUCUUGUACAAAUAAAAGAACAAUUCAGAAGCUGAGCUUCAGCUUAACUGUU